AUGAAUACCUCAUUCGUCUUCCUUCUCUGCCUCCAGACUUGCUUGAUUGCGAGCAUUUACGGACAGUGCACCGGGAGAGGUGGCUACGGUGGGUUGGGAUACAGCGGUCUGGGCGGAGGUAGCUGUGGCAGUUGUGGCGGAUGCAGUGGCUACGGAGGCGUCGGAGUCGGUAACAUGGGCGUCAGCGGUGAGAUCCCAGUUGUCGGUACCGCCACCAUUACUAGCAAGGUGCCCAUCGUCGGCUCUUUUAGAUUCGGUGGCACUGCCUGUGCUCCCGGUAGCGUUUCUAUACUUGGGCGCUGCACUCCCCCUUGUGGGUGCGGCCGAUGUAGCUCGUCUUAG